UGAAGGUGAUAGUAAUAAAGUCUGUCUUUUUCUCUUUAUUCAAUCCGAUUGCCGACCGAACCGACCACCCACAAACAAAUUCGCACACCGACUGUUGAUGUAUGUUCGCGUUUAUGGGUUAUUACAGGCGAAGUUGAAUUUGUACGCUAAUCUAUCAGGAAUCAAUGGCUAGAACGAAGAAGGUUAGUAGUUCAACAGAAGGGUCGAGAGGCAAACACGGUAGCGAUGAGCGAUUAAGCUAUCUUGAUCAUGAUGUUGCUCAAUUGACUAAACUUGGGUCAUCGCCAAAUGCGUUUAUCAGUCGGGCGGCCGCGCAAUCGAGAAAUUCGAUACUGCGUGUUUCUCCAGUAAAGAUGUUGGCUUGCAGAGAAAUGAACAUAUCAGGGAAAGGAAGAUUCUCAGCUGCGGAUAAUUGUCACAUUUCCAGCCGAUAUCUUCCUGUUCAUGGUCCUCGGAGUAUCUACAGAAUGAAUAGCCGUGCUUAUGUUUCUCAGUUUUCUUCGGAUGGUUCACUUUUUGUUGCAGCAUUUCAGUUUCGUUUUGAACAGGAAAACCUUAUAAGGAUAUACAACGUAGAUAAUUGGAAAACUAAAAAGGAUAUCAUGACUAAAAGCUUAAGAUGGACCAUCACUGAUGCUUCUCUGUCACCAGAUCAACAACAUCUAGUUUAUUCCAGCAUCUCACCUGUUGUUCAUAUUGUUAAUGUUGGGUCUGGUCCAGAAGAAUCUCAUGCGAAUGUUACGGAAAUUCACGAGGAACUGGUUUUCUCUAAUGAUAAUGAAAGACGACACCCUUUUGGAAUAUUCUCUGUAAAAUUUUCAAAUGAUGGAAGAGAGCUUCUAGCUGCUUGUAAUGAUGGUUCAAUCUAUGCUUAUGACCUUGCAAAAGAUAAAGUCACAUUGCGCAUUCCAGCACAUUCGUCUGAUGUUAAUGCUGUAUGUUUUGCUGAUGAAAGUGGCCACCUCAUAUAUUCUGGGGGCGAUGAUAACUUGUGCAAGAUAUGGGACAGGCGUUGCUUUUCUGCUAAAGGACAGGCAGCCGGUGUGCUGGAGGGGCAUCUAGAAGGCAUUACUUUUAUCGAUAGUCGUGGAGAUGGUCGAUACUUCAUCUCGAAUGGGAAAGAUCAGGCCAUUAAACUUUGGGAUAUUCGUAAGAUGUCCUCUAAAAUUCCUAGCAGCUCGAUGGAAAGGGAAUUUGAAUGGGAUUAUAGAUGGAUGGAGUAUCCAUCUCGCGCUAGAAAUUUGAAGCAUCCAAAUGAUCUAUCGGUCUCUACAUACAAAGGUCACUUGGUUUUGCGUACACUUAUAAGAUGUUAUUUCUCUCCCGUGUAUAGCACGGGCCAGAAAUACAUAUAUACAGGAUCCAGCGACUCGUCUGUAUAUAUUUAUGAUUUGGUUAGUGGAGAACAAGUUGGGCGGCUUGACCAUCAUGAAGAUACAGUGAGGGACUGUAAUUGGCACCCGUAUUACCCAAUGCUGAUCAGCUCUUCCUGGGAUGGGACAAUUGCGAGAUGGGAAUUUCCUGGAGAACAUGAGAAUCCGGUUCCUGUGAAGAUGAACGGUCGGAGUACUCGGAGUAGGGGUAGGCCUCGUCCCAUCUGAACUUUCAUUUAUUUUCUUUAACAUCAUAUCCUUCAAUUUCAUGUAUAUUUUUUUCUGUCUUUAGACUGUAUUUUCUCCUAUUUGGACAUAUGUCUUACAUAUUAAUACUAUAUUUUGGUAUGUAGGUAU